GUCUAAUUGUUUACAAUCUGUUCGACGAAACAUGGCUGCUGUCAAGUGAGCUGUUGAUGGUGUUCCGAACAGUUACAAUUCACUUAUAUGUUCUCUUUAAUAAUUUAUUUUAAAUAUUUUAAUUCAUAACAGUGUAUUUUAACGGGGAUAGUUUCAAUAGUUUUCGUUUUACUUUGGAACCGUCACAGAUUCCUUCACCCGCGAUAACGCGCCAGUUAGCAUCACUAGCUAACUAGCUCAAGGAGAACAAUGACGGCAAGCUCAUCGGGUGGAAACACCUGUCUCACUGCUAAAGGUUUGGACAUUAGUCUCGCAGCCCUGCAAAGACAAGAUCCUUACAUCAACAACAUUGUAGAUGUGGCGAGUCAAGUGGCGUUGUAUACUUUCAACAACCGAUCAAAUGAAUGGGAGAAGACUGACGUGGAGGGGACCCUGUUUGUCUAUACAAGGCUAGCAUCUCCCAGACAUGGCUUCACCAUAAUGAACAGGCUGAGUAUGGAGAACCUGACUGAACCCAUCACUAAAGACCUGGACUUCCAGCUGCAGGAUCCGUUCCUGCUCUACAGGAAUGCUCGCUGUAAGUCCCCUGCACUAUUCAGCCCACCUACAUAGUACCAGGACUGUUAACCCUACCUACAUCGUACCAGGACUGUUAACCCUACCUACAUAGUACCAGGACUGUUAACCCUACCUACAUAGUACCAGGACUGUUAACCCUACCUACUCAGAACCUGGGCUGUUAACCCUACCUACAUAGUACCAGGACUGUUAACCCUACCUACAUAGUACCAGGACUGUUAACCCUACCUACAUAGUACCAGGGCUGUUAACCCUACCUACAUAGUACCAGGACUGUUAACCCUACCUACUCAGAACCUGGACUGUUAACCCUACCUACUCAGAACCUGGGCUGUUAACCCUACCUACUUAGAACCUGGGCUGUUAACCCUACCUACUUAGAACCUGGGCUGUUAACCCUACCUACUUAGAACCUGGGCUGUUAACCCUACCUACAUAGUACCAGGGCUGUUAACCCUACCUACAUAGUACCUGGGCUGUUAACCCUACCUACUUAGAACCUGGGCUGUUAACCCUACCUACAUAGUACCAGGGCUGUUAACCCUACCCACAUAGUACCAGGACUGUUAACCCUACCUACUUAGAACCUGGGCUGUUAACCCUACCUACAUAGUACCAGGGCUGUUAACCCUACCUACAUAGUACCUGGACUGUUAACCCUACCUACAUAGUACCUGGACUGUUAACCCUCCCUACUCAGUACCAGGCCUCGCUGAAAGUCCCCUGCACUAUUCAGCCUACCUACCCAGGCCUGGGCAUUCCAAUACCUUGUGAAACAUAUGAAGGCGUCAGCGAACCGCUUCCAACCCCCUCUGGUCUUGUACCGCUUAUGUGCCGGAGGUGUGUUUACAUCACCACGGGAACUAUGUUCCCGGAGGAGGUGGGUUU